AUGAAUGAACACAUAUCUUUCGGACACCAAUGGUACAACAAAUUAUGUUCCAAGGAUAAACAAUAUCCAAGCUCUGAAGAAUAUCAGAUAAUUAUUCAGUUUGACAGAGAUACUUUAUUUUAUUCUUCAAAGUACGACAGCGAAUUUCUAUUUCGGAAAUUUUAUGAUGAUUCAAAAAAAGUGUCAAAACCACCAAGACCACCAAACGCUUUUUUUAUAUUUAGAACCGUACUUGGUUUGGUAGCGAAAGAUAUGUGUAUCUCUGUAGGUGAUGGGAUAACCUUUAGUCGAUUAGCAGGAUUUAUGUGGGGUGGUGCUGAUGAUGACGAUAAAAAUAAAUUUCAUUCAUUAUCCGACGAAAUUAAAAAACUCCAUGACGACAAAUAUCCUAAUUAUAAAUAUAAACCCGAGCGAAGCAACUCCGUCCGAUAUAAUUUUUCAAAUAAAACCGCUAAAGAUUAUGAAGUUCAAGAAUUUCCUUACACUCCUUGGGUCAACCUGAAUCUUUUACAGCAACAAUUUUUUACCUUUAGCACUCCGACUAUUGCUGUAAAUUGUCCUCAAUCAGAGGAAUAUGAUCCAAACAUGUCUCUAUCUGUUCAUCCACCUGAAUAUACAAUCUUAACAAGGGAAUCACCUUCUACUCUACAAAUGCUAGAGGGUGUCCCUCUUAUUAUGAACU